AUGGCUGGUCCUGUCGCUGAUAUCCGCGAGAUCAGCGGAUCGGAUCUGGUCUCUGCUCUUCAUCUUGCUCAACAAGCACCAGCAAUCCUUGGCCAGGAAUCCGGGUCUAGGGUUAGCUCAUCCGAUUCUUCAGAAACUGCAGAUUACUAUGCACGAUUAGAACAGCUUCUGUUAGCCUGUCUCCGGACGGGAGAUGACCAGUCAGCACAUACCUGCCUGAACCGCCUCAGCCUCCGGUUUGGACCCUCUAACGAAAGGAUUAUGGGACUUCGAGGCCUGUACGAGGAGGCAACCGCCAAGGAUCAGUCGGCGCUAGAAAAAUGCCUGCAGGAAUACGACAACACCCUGUCACAGAGUCCGGUGAAUGUGCCCAUCCUAAAGCGCCGGGUAGCGUUGUUACGCUCGCUCAACCGACCAUCUGACGCAAUCUCCGGUCUUAUUCAACUUCUCGAUGCCAUCCCUACCGAUGCCGAAGCCUGGUGUGAACUAGCCGACUUGUAUCAGUCACAGGGGUUGGGUUCCCAGGCCAUUUUUAGCCUUGAGGAGGCCUUACUCAUCGCUCCUAACUCUUGGAAUAUUCAUUCGCGCCUCGGUGAACUGCUAUACAUCUGCGCCUCGGAUGGGGACGCCUCCCAGCUCCUUGGAAGGUCGGUGCAACACUUCAGUCGAAGCAUUGAACUCUGUGAUGACUACUUGCGAGGAUUCUAUGGGCUAACUUUGGCCUCAACUCGGAUGCUUGACAAUGAUUACGCAGGCGUAUCAGGUCAACUUCCCAAGAAGACCUUAGAACGAUUGAAGGCGUUUGCGCUCCUAAAGUUGGGCGAGAUUGUUGAGUCACGGUCGAUGGAUGACCAACAUUGGGCAUCGAGUCGAAGUGAGCUGAUUGCAGCCAAGGAGUUGCUGAAUCGCCAAAACCCCCACGGUUCGGAUCGCUCUUACUCCGACGACGAGGACUCGUCUGGUGUCCAUGUCCCUACAUCUUCCGAGUUAGAAAGUCAUGAGUACCAGGAUUAUGAUGAGUGGGCGCAUUUGCCAUAUCCGGAUGAAUUGAAACCAUCUGAUUCAGCCUCCCGACCAAGAACUUCGCACCGCAGUCGUCCGCCCCACGGUUCACGUUCCGCUUCGGGCCGUCGCCCAACAUCGCGACGUAUGGUUCAAGAACAUCAGGCGUUCGUCCCUCGAGGCCGAAGACAUCAAUCACCAGAUUCUCCCGAUAGUGCCGAAUCCGCCGACGAGUACCCUCCCAAUUUUGGUCGAAAUGAUCGGAGGGGUUGGCAACAACCUAUGCCACCCGCCCCUGGAUACGCUCCCAGCCAGUCCUCUGGUCCACCUUACACUCCCUACCCUCCGCCUCCCCCGGGCCAUGGCCCGUAUGCCCACAAUCCUCCCCCGAUCACAUCAGAACUCAUGAGAAUUCCUCAUGGUCAACCCAACCCCUACAAUGCUCCACCCCUAUGGGUACCCCCCUCAAUUUCCACCUGGGUCUCAUUUUCUUCCCGAUCAACCCCAACUUCAUCCACGACAUGCGCCUCGCCAGCCGCCUCAGCUGCACAAUCCAAUGCAGCCAAUGCCUCCAAUGUCACACGCGAUGGGUCCUCACGGUGCCCACUCCCCUUACCCUGGGUAUCCUCACGAGUUGAUGGCCUACGGUCCGGCAGGUUUCUAUCGCGAUCAACCCAGCUAUUUCGGGGGACCGAUCCCGGGCAUGAUGCCUCCUCAUUAUUGGCCCUCCUAUCCCCCACUCCAGCCCCUGAACCCGCUCCCCCUCCACCACCUCCGCCUCCACCAGCCGACACUGCCAAGGAUGAGCAAAUUGCGAGGCUAGAGAAGUUGAUUUUGGAUGACCGCCAAGAACGCGAAGCGAAAGAGCUUGCCAAAAAGCAGGCUAUUGAACGCGCGGCCGCCGAGAAAGCAGCUCAGGAGGCGCAGACCGCGCAUGAUAGAAAGAUUACCCAGGAAGCUGCGGCACUUGCUCGAGCGGAUGCCGAAAAAAAGGCAGCAGAGGAUGCCGCAAAGGCUAAGGAGGAGGCGGAGAAGGCUGCAGCCGCUGCCGCGGCUGAGGCUGCAGCAGCAGCAACGGCCGCGGCUAAUGAAGCAGCAGCCAAAGCGGCCGCUGAGGCCGCUGAGGCGGCUGCUAAAGCGGCCGAACCGCCGCCACCGCCGCCACCCCCAGAGAAGAAGCAGCCUAUCAAAUUCAAGGACGCUGUUGGGAGAAAAUUCAGUUUUCCAUUUGAAUUAUGUGCUACCUGGAAGGGAAUGGAAGAGCUUAUCCGGCAGGCUUUCCUCCAUAUUGAAGUCAUUGGACCUCAUGUGGCAGAGGGCCAUUAUGACCUUAUUGGUCCGAAUGGUGACAUUAUCCUCCCACAGGUUUGGGAGACUGUGAUCGAGCCUGAUUGGGCUAUCACUAUGCACAUGUGGCCAAUUCCCGAAAAGCCCAAGGAAGACCCUCCCCCUGCACCAGAGCCAGAGCCCCCGGUAAAACCUGCCGAUCCACCUGCCGAACAAAAGAAGAAAGCAGAUGGCCCUAAAAAGGCUAAGGCCAGAGGACCAGAUGUUCCCGGAAGUUUCGCGAUGUGGAUGUUAGGUGGCACCAAUCGCCGAGGGGGCAAAGGGGGCCCUAAAGUGGAAAAAAAGCCUGAUGCCCCUCCCCCAGCACCCGCACCGUGA